AUGUUGCCACUGGGCUCUUUUGAGAGCUCUUCACAUGCAUUUGACAGUCAAGCUCCACACUUUGCCAAGCUCAACAGAAGAGACGGAGGGGGCGGGUGGAGUCCCAAGUCGACGGACAGUUACCCGUGGCUGCAGGUGGACCUCCGGGACCGGAUGGAGGUGACGUCGCUGGCCACGCAGGGUCGCCAUGGCAGCUCGGACUGGGUCAGCGGCUACAUGCUCCUGUUCAGCGACACGGGCCGCGUCUGGAAGCAGUACAGGCAGGAGGACAGCGUAGGGAGGUUUGUGGGUAAUGUGGACGCGGACGGCGUGGUCCAGCACAAGCUCCCCCACCCCAUCAGGACCCGCUUCCUCCGUUUCGUUCCACUAGAGUGGAGCUCCGGCGGCCGGGCGGGGCUCCGAGCCGAGGUCUACGGCUGCACCUACAAGUCCUACGUGGCGGACUUUGACGGCAGAAGUUCGCUGCUCUACCGGUUCAACCAGAAGUCCAUGAGCACAGCCAAAGACGUCGUCUCGCUGCGCUUCAAGAGCCGGCAGGCGGAGGGCGUGCUGCUCCACGGCGAGGGCCAGCGGGGCGACUACAUCAGCCUGGAGCUGCACCGCGGGAAGCUGGCCCUGCACCUCAACCUGGAUGACACCAGGGUGAGGGCCAGCGGAGUGCGUGAGGCGGUCACCCUGGGCAGCCUGCUGGACGACCAGCACUGGCACUCGGUCCUCAUCGAGCGCUUCAACAGGCAGGUGAACUUCACGCUGGACCGCCACACACAGCACUUCCGCACCAGAGGAGACGGGGACACACUGGAGGUCGACUACGAGCUGAGCUUCGGAGGAAUACCACUCCCUGGAAAACCCGGAACAUUCCUGAGGAGAAACUUCCAUGGCUGUAUGGAGAACCUGUACUAUAAUGGAGUUAACAUAAUCGAUCUGGCCAAAAGACGCAAGCCACAGAUUUACAGUGUGGGCAACGUGACCUUCUCCUGCUCGGGGCCCCAGCUGGUGGCGGCCACCUUCCUGAGCUCGGCCGGCAGCUUCCUGUCCCUGCCGGCGCCGCCGCCCACGCCCGAGGGCCUGUCCGUGCGCCUGCACUUCCGCACGUGGAACGCCAACGGCCUGCUGCUGUCCGCGCGCCUCGCCCAGGAGCCCCAGCGCCUCGUCCUGCAGAUCAGCAGCGGCCGCCUCCACCUCACGCACCGCACCAGCGCCCUCAAGACCUCCGAGGUGUCCGCCGGUCAGAGGGUGAACGACGGGCUGUGGCACUCGGUGAGCCUGAGCACGCGAGGCAUGCAGAUCACCAUGACGCUGGACAACGAGCCCUCGUCCACCAUCCAGCUCCAGGACCAGCUGGAAUCAGGAGACGGCUUCUUCUUCGGAGGUUGUCCUCCGGAGGAUGGCGACUGCACCAACCCCACAGUGGCCUUCCAGGGCUGCAUGCGUCUCAUCCUCAUCAACAACCAGCCAAUCGACUUCAUCCUGGUGCAGAGAGGCAGGCUGGGAACUCAUCACCAACUCCAGUUUGACAUCUGUGGGAUCCGUGACAGGUGCCUCCCCAACUUCUGCGAGCACGGAGGCCGGUGUUCCCAGUCCUGGAGCUCCUUCCAGUGUGACUGUACUGGGACCGGUUACAGCGGAGCCACCUGCCACAAGCCUAUCUACGAGGCGUCGUGUGAAGCAUACAGACUAAUAGGUAGCUCUUCAGGCUACUUCUCGAUCGAUCCAGAUGGGAGCGGACCACUGGGACCCAUGCAGGUGUACUGUAAUAUGACAGAACAAAAGGUGUGGACAGUGGUGCUUCACAACACGACGAAUGCCGUGAAGGUUCAAGGCUCGUCCCUCGCGAGGCCGCACGUGAUGCAGUUCAACUACAGCGCCUCAGCUGACCAGUUGCACGCCCUGGUGGCUGGCUCAGACCAGUGUCAACAGGAAGUAGUGUACCAGUGCAGGAAGUCCCGCCUUUUCAACAACUGGGAUGGGACGCCUCUAUCCUGGUGGCUGGACAGGAGCGGGGAGAAGCGCACCUACUGGGGCGGCUACCUGCCCGGGGUGCAGCAGUGCUCCUGCAGCCUGGAGGAGAACUGCAUGGACAUGAACUACUUCUGCAACUGCGACGCUGACAGAGAGACGUGGGUGAAUGACACAGGCGUUCUCUCAUAUAAAGAGCACCUACCCAUGAGGGAGAUAAUCAUCGGAGACACUCACAGGCCGGGGUCAGAGGCUGUCUAUAACGUCGGGCCUCUUCGCUGCUAUGGUGACCGAUCGCUGUGGAACGCGGCGUCCUUCUACCAGGAGUCGUCCUACCUGCACUUCCCCACCCUGCAGUCCACGCUGAGCGUUGACAUCUCCUUCUACUUCAAAACCGGCGCUCCCUCGGGAGUGUUCCUGGAAAACCUCGGACUCAAGGACUUCAUAAGAGUCGAGCUCAGCUCUCCGUCAACAGUGACCUUCUCCUUCGACGUGGGCGACGGUCCGGUGAUCUUGGCCGCAAAGUCUCCGGUGCCCUUGAACGACCGGCAGUGGCACUGGGUCCAGGCGGAGCGCAGCGUGAAGGAGGCCUCGCUGCAGGUGGACCAGCUGCCGCUGCGCUUCCGGGAAACGCCCGCCGACGGACACCUCCACUUCAAGCUCAACAGCCAGCUGUUUGUGGGGGGCUCGACGUCCAGACAGAGUGGCUUCCUGGGCUGCCUUCGGGCUCUGCGGGUGAACGGCGCCCACCUGGACCUGGACGAGCGCGCCAAGCUGACCCCGGGCGUGAGCUCCGGCUGCCCCGGCCACUGCAGCAACUCGGCCAACCUCUGCCACAACCGCGGCCGCUGCAUCGAGCAGAGCGCCGGCUACGUCUGCGACUGCACCCACUCGGCCUACACCGGCCCCGCCUGCAAAGACGAGGUGUCGGUGUCGUUCGAGAGAGACUCGUCGGUGACGUACGCGUUCCGCGACUCGUUCCUGGCGAUGCGCGACAGCAGCUCGCAGGCCUCCUCGUCCGUCCCCGCGGAGCCCCGGGAGAACGUGGCCUUCAGCUUCGUCACCGCGCAGGCCCCCGCCACGCUGCUCGCCAUCAGCACCUUCAGCCAGCAGUACAUGGGCAUCAUCCUGGCACACAACGGGAGUUUGCAGAUCUGGUACCGGCUCCAUGAGGAGGGCAAGCCUGACGUGUUCACCCCCACGUCCUCCAGCCUGGCCGACGGACGGAUCCACCGCGUCCGAAUCCACCGAGAGGCCAAGGACGUGUACGUACAGGUGGACCAGGAGAGUAGAAAAUACACGCUGUCGUCUGACACCGAGCUGAACUCUGUGAGAUCGCUGACGCUGGGCAAAGUCACCGGCGCGGAGACGCUGGAUGAGCGGGUGGCGGUGGCGGGCUCCAGGGGCUUCGUGGGCUGCUUCUCCUCGGUGCAGUACAACCACGUGGCGCCACUCAAGGCAGCGCUGCUCAACCGCGGCAGCUCACUGGUCACCGUCCGCGGCAACCUGGUGGAGUCCAACUGCGGGGCACUCUCCGUGUCCACGUCCAACUCCCUCUCAGACCAUGUCGAGGAGCCGGACAGAGCUAAUGACCAGGAUGAUGGCGUGACCCAACAUGACUCAGCAGUAAUCGGAGGCGUGGUGACGGCGGUGGUGUUCAGCAGCGUGUGCGUGCUGGCCGUGAUGAGCCGCUUCCUGUACCAGCACCGGCAGGCCCGGCGCGCCGCCAGCCUCCAGGAGAAGGAGACCCAGCGCCGGCUGGACGCCGCCUACCACGCCGAGCUGCACCUGCACAGCGCCACGCUCCACCACUCCACGCUGCACAUGCGCGACAGCCUGCGCGAGUACUACAUCUGACCACCGGGGCAGAAGCCCACCUUUCCUCCGCUCCGCUCCGUCCUCUCUGAUGACCAGCCUCCAGCCGAGGACUCUC